CCGCGGGAACCCACCACGGCGGCAGAGGCAUUCUGGAAGAUGCCUCACAAAGACGAACUAAUGCACAGUGCUGCAAUGGGCGGCGGUGCGCUCUUCGGAGUGUCAUCAGCGGGACACAGCGGGGUCAACCAGCUGGGUGGGGUGUACGUUAACGGACGGCCGUUACCUGACAGCACGAGGCAGAAGAUCGUGGAGCUGGCGCACUCUGGCGCCCGACCGUGUGACAUCAGCCGAAUACUGCAAGUCUCUAAUGGCUGCGUCUCCAAAAUCCUUGGCAGAUAUUACGAGACGGGGUCUAUCAAGCCGAGAGCUAUAGGCGGGUCCAAACCUCGGGUGGCGACCACGCCGGUAGUCCAGAAGAUCGCAGACUACAAGAGAGAGUGUCCUUCAAUCUUCGCCUGGGAGAUACGAGACCGUUUGCUGAGCGAAAACGUGUGCAAUAACGACAACAUUCCUAGUGUAUCAUCAAUAAACCGAGUACUUCGGAACCUAGCGUCGCAAAAGGAGCAAGCAGCGUCGCAAGCGCAGAAUGAUAGUGUAUACGAAAAAUUACGCAUGUUCAAUGGGCAAGCCGCGACGGGAUGGUGGUACCCUGGACUUCCAACUGCCCCUGCGGCUCCAACGAUACCAGCGCCUUUACCACCUCAACUGAAUAGGACUGGCAAUUCGGAAGACCAUAAACGGGAUCAGCUACAAUCAGAAGCGGGAUCGGACGGGAACAGUGAGCACGCGUCGUCUGGCGACGAAGACUCGCAGAUGCGGCUGCGACUCAAACGGAAGCUGCAGCGGAACCGGACAUCGUUCACUAACGACCAGAUAGACAGUCUUGAGAAAGAAUUCGAGAGAACACACUACCCGGAUGUUUUUGCGAGGGAACGACUGGCCGAAAAGAUUGGAUUGCCUGAGGCACGUAUCCAGGUUUGGUUUUCCAACCGACGAGCGAAAUGGCGGCGAGAAGAAAAACUGCGCAGUCAGAGACGAGAUGCGCCUGCGGCGUCUCCCCCCGCACCGCCAGCACCUCGUCUGCCUCUAAACGGUGGUUUCAACUCCAUGUACAGCCCGCUGCCGCAACCUAUGGCAACGAUGGGCGAUUCCUAUAGCUCAAUGUCGGGUGGUCUGUCGUCGUCGUGCCUACAGCAACGGGACGGAGGUUACCCGUACAUGUUUGGCGACGUGUUGGGGAGUGGAGGAUACUCUCGGGCUCCGGCGGCGCAUCAGCAGCAUGGAGCAUAUUCGCAACCGCAGGCAGGUGCUAGUACUGGUGUAAUAUCGGCGGGCGUGAGUGUGCCAGUGCAAAUACCAUCACAGGGGCCAGAUCUCGCGUCGAACUACUGGGGGCGGCUUCAGUGAUCUCAGCUAUUCGGGUUCCCGCAUCGACUGCUCUCGAUGCCCGAGAACCCGACUAAUGUACCGGAGUCGCCAUCUAGCGGCGAUAUUGCGCACAACUACGCUGACUCUCACUUGUCUAUGAACGCGCUCAACAUGACUGCCGGUCACGACGCCAACGUUUUGACGGGAGAUAUGCAACAAGAGAACAAUUCCGUAUCGUAAGUGAUUUUUGAGACUGUUUGUAUAAAAUUUUAAAUGAUAAAGUUGAAGAAAGCAUUAAUCAAUUGUUUCGUAGUGAUUACUGCGCCGAUAGCAAAAUAAGUAUAUAACAUGAAUCUUUUUCUCAAAGUUUAAAUGGUGCAUUAUUAUUUUAGUACUUACAUUUUAGAACCUAUAAGUUGUCAGUUCUAACAAAUAUACUCAUUUAGCUGUUAAGAAACAACUGAUGAUGUUCAAACCUAGUUAAUAAGUUGACCAUAGGCUAUGAAUUGUGCUACUUCCGAAGUCAAAUAUUAAAUUUACACAUCCUGUGUUAGUUCAGAAAUUCAUUUGUAGCAAAUGAUUGUAAUAAAUGUGGCAUAAAUUCAUAGUAAAUGGACAGUUCUAAGAAAAUAGUAAGCUAGUAAAAC